UCUUACCGUGGUUGACAUUUGUUUUGGAUGGCUCUUUGCGUGCAGUCCAUUCGUGAUGAUGAAGACAUCCCGAGGCGCGAGGGGUGCGAGCAAGGGGAGGAGUGCAAGAAUAACCGGCACAGUGUCUUCUCGGAGGCAGCCGGCGUGCUCCGAAGGGGUUGUGCAGCAAAGGCGGCCACUGGAGCAGGAUGAUUUUCCCCAAAUGGGAGAAGGAGAUAAGGAUGAAUAUGUUUUAGAAGAAGGAGAGUUCGUGGCAGGAGAAGGCGUAGGAGAGGAAGAGGAAGGAGAGGGAGAGGAAGGAGAGGGAGAGGAAGAGGAAGAGGAAGGAGUAGAAGAAGAAGAAGAAGAAGAAGAGGAAGGAGAAGAAGAAGAAGAAGAAGAAGAAGAAGAAGAGCAAGAGGACGAGGAAGAAGAUCUAAUCGAGGAGGACGGCAGCUGACAGAGAGAGUUCCUGGAGUCAAGGCCCGUUCGCAGUGACUUCAAGUACUUCUUUUGGGCCGUGUAUGUCACAGCUGGAUUAGCUUAUCUUCACGUCAAGACCAGCGGCAACGGUGUCUAUACACGAAUCGGCGAAAUUUUAUUUGCAGCGCACGUGACGGAAAAAUAUCUUAUCGCGGAGUUGUGGGUCGUUAUCAAGGGCAAGCUCACUAAAUGUUUGUUGAAGGGGGAUAAAUUAAUGCCCAUGAA